GAUGCUCAAGCAGAGGACGGCUCCUCAGAGGAAACAGGACUGAGCUACUGGUCACAGGACGAGCUCCGACUGCCCGCUCAGCACUUCUGGUAGCGACUCUCCUCCCAGCAGACGACAACCUUCAACACCAAGACUCUUUUGCAAAACACCAAAAGGUCCAGGGAGAAAAAAAGAAAGAAAAAAAAAAUGGCAAGAAUCAAUCUGAGCAUCUUGGCUUUGGGGGUGACGCUGCUGCUGCUGCUGGCGGACACCUGGGCCCAGAACCCCAGGAAGAGGCUGGCGCCCCCCAAGCCCCCCAAGGGCCAGUGCUGCGACGAGGUGCGCUCGCUCAAGGUCCAGGUGGCCAACCUCAGCAGCCUCCUGGAGGAGGUGAACCGCAAGCAGGAGACGGACCUGAUGAACGUGGUGAGGCAGAUCAUGGAGCUGGACCAGCAGAACCGGCAGCAGGAGGCCCGGGUCACCGAGGCGGAGAGCAAGUACUCGGAGAUCAACAACCGAGUGGAGAUCAUGCAGCUGCAGACCCUGCAGUCCGCCACUCAGACCUCAUCAGAUGCCAUAUAUGACUGCGCAUCACUCUACAAAAAGAGCUACAAGAUCUCCGGCGAGUACAAGCUGCCUAAAGACGAGUUUCUGGGCUCGCCUGAUCUCAGCGUGUUUUGCGACAUGGACACGAACGGAGGCGGCUGGACGGUGAUUCAGCGGCGAAAGAUCGGCCUGACUUCCUUCAACCGGGACUGGAAACAGUACAAGAACGGAUUUGGAUCCAUUCGCGGAGACUUCUGGCUCGGCAACGACCACAUCAUCCGUCUAACCCGACAGCCCAGCGUGCUCAGAAUUGAGAUGGAGGACUGGGAAGGACAGGCGCGCUACGCCGAGUACGGCUUCUUCAGCGUGGCCAAUGAACUCAACAGCUACAAGCUCUUCAUUGCCAACUACAGCGGAAACGCCGGAGACUCCCUGCGCUACCACAACAACACCAACUUCAGCACCAUGAACAAGGACAACGACAAAUGCGUGGACGACUGCGCCUCCCUGCGCAAAGGUGGUUACUGGUACAACUGCUGCACCGACUCCAACCUCAACGGCGUCUUCUACCGUUUCGGCCAGCACACGAAGAGCACAGAUGGGAUCACUUGGUACGGCUGGCACGGCCCCAACUACUCCCUCAAGAGAGUGGAGAUGAAGGUCCGGCCGGUGGGCUUUCAACCAUGAGCGCUUCAGCUGCGGGUUCUGGAUCCAGAUCACACGCGUGAAUAACCGAGAAAUCUCCCCGAUGCCCGUUCGCCCGUCUCCCUCCACUGCCAAAGAAAUCAAAGAGCCGUUUGUGAUGGCCAGGUCAAACCAGACGGCUGAUGAAUCAGAUGAAUGUGUAAUGUUCUUGAUUGUAAAUUGUAGUACGUUUUGUGUAUUUAUCAGUAAAAUAUUUUAUUUUUUAAAAGCUUU